AUGAACCUCUCCGCCACUCCAACCCCGCGUCCAUCGCUCAAACGUCCAUCGUUUGUCCCUGGCAAACCAUCCAAAUGGUAUCUCCCCGCCGUCGCCGUCAUCGCCCUCGGCUUCGGCAUAUCCAACUACAACAACACACAGCGCUAUGAAACGCAACAAGACGAAGCCAAACGACAGCGUCGCAAUCAGCAGCUUAUGGACGCAUAUGGCGACAAAGACACGGUGCAUGACAUGGAACGGGCACUGGAAGUUUACGAGGUCCAGUGA